AGGACGCGCCCGGAAAUGUAGGCUUUUAUGACCAGUUGUUGGCUCUUAAAUGGGUAAGAGAUAACAUCCAUGCAUUUGGUGGGGAUAGGGAUCAGAUCACUAUAUUUGGUGAGAGCGCCGGCAGUGAGUCGGUAUCGGCGCACAUAUUGUCUCCCCUAUCAAAGGGUAUGUUUAAGAGGGCUAUUAUGGAAAGCGGUGCCCGUUUGUAUAACAAGGACAGGGAUGUGCUCAACACCACUGAAGCACUUCUUGAGGCCAAACAAAUGGCAAGACUUAUGAAUUGUAGUGAAUCUGAGGAUUGGUUGAAGUGUUUACGAAAAGCUGACGGAAUGGCUGUAAUAAACUUAGACAACGCAUUGAUAGUCUCGGUGUUGGGCACAGAGUUUCUGCCCAUUUCUGCACAAAAAGCAUUUGAAACUAAAAAGUUUAAUUCAGACAUCGACUUAUUAGCGGGUGUAGUACGUAACGAGGGCUCAUCGUUUGUCCCAUAUGUUGUCAAACAUCCGCAUAAUAUAACUGUCGAAGACUUUACUAAUGGUGUUCAAGAAUUAGAUCUCAUAUUCCAUGGGGUAGACGUCAAAAAGGUGACCGACUUUUACCUGCAAAACGUCAACACCAGUAGUCCGGUGGCGAUGCACUGGGCUGUGGGCGAUCUUUCCGGCGAUUUGAUGCUCACGUGUCCGACAUAUCUGUUCGCCAAACAGUUCGCCAUAACUGUGAAGGAGUGGCAAAGGGUUUACUUUUAUGAACUCCUUUACGGAAGUAAAAGAUUUUCCCAAAUCAUUGGUUGCGAUCAAAAAACUGAAGGUAUCUGUCAUGCGGAGGACAUACCGUUUGUAUUUGGUUUACCCUAUAUUCAUGAGAAAGACUACGAACCCGAGGAUAUGUUUUUCAGCCGAGAGGUCAUGAAAAUGUGGACUAAGUUUGCAAAAGAC